CGAAAGGAUUUUAUGAUGUAACAGUAAUAACGUGUGUUGUCUGCUCUUUACAACCUUUUGGUGUUUGUCGAAGUGCCUGCUUCCCAAGGCAAAUUGAAAUACAAGACAGUAGAAUAUUUGGAUUGAAGAUGAACUGAAAACAAUCAUGAUUUUUAGAGUAUUCCCUUGCAUUUUGAAACAUCAUGGUUCAGUAAAAUAUUUGAAAUAUGUAAUUUUAACAUCAAGACAGAAGGGAUAUAAAGCAAAGGAACCCGCAACUAAAGUUUUUGCAUCUUCUGCAAGUGUGCAUAUUUCCCACAUUUCAGAAAAUGUGCAAGAAGACAGAAGUACUGUUAAGAAAGCAAAAGUAAAAAAUAUAAUUAUGGAAGAAAAUGUAUCUUUAAAAGAUGCAAGUGAUAUAAUCCUCAAAAAUGAAUCUGAAUUAGAGGAGAGAAGUAGCAGACAAAAUGGUUAUGUUUUCAAGCCAGUUACUGACCCUGAUGUCACUGUUGCAACAGAUAAGAGUUCUGAAAGGUCUGAUUCUGAAAAAGGUAGUUCACAACCUAUCAAGUUGUUAAAUACUGUGAAGCCUUUGGAUUUAGAAUGGCAUAAACAAGUUCUAAGUAUCCCUUCAAUUCCAAGAUAUUACAAAUCACUGUCAAAAUUUCGUCUUACAGGCCUGGUUGUAUUUACAACAUUAAUUGGAUAUUCUAUGGCUCCUGGUCCUUUUGAACCUGUUAGCAUGAUUUGUCUUACUGUGGGAACUGGAUUUGCAUCUGCCGCAGCCAAUGCUGUAAAUCAGAUAUUGGAAGUACCUUAUGAUUCACAGAUGGAACGAACAAAACACAGAGUUCUAAUUAGUGGUGUGUUAACACCUCUCCAUGCAUUCACGUUUGCUGCGUGUAGUGCUUCUCUGGGCCUUUCUGUGUUAUAUUUUGGAACAAAUGCUUUGACUGCUGCUCUUGGAGCAACUAAUCUUAUUCUGUACACAAGCAUUUAUACUCCACUUAAACGCUGCAGCAUUGUUAAUACGUGGCUUGGUUCAAUUGUAGGUGCCAUUCCACCUUUAAUGGGCUGGUCUGCUUGCUGUGGAACAUUAAAUUCAGGAGCACUUCUAAUGGGGGCUAUCCUAUAUGCAUGGCAAUUCCCUCACUUUAAUGCUCUUUCUUGGAAUCUUAGACCUGAUUAUUCACGAGCAGGAUAUCGUAUGACAUCAGUUAUAGAUCCUGGACUCUGCAGACGUUCAGCUCUUCGCCAUAGUAUUGCCUUAUUAGCCAUGUGUUCAGCUGCCCCACUUUUAGAUUUGACUGCUUGGUCAUUUGCAUUUGAUUCUCUACCACUGAAUUGUUACUUAAUUUAUUUAGCUUGGAAAUUUUACAAAAACGGAGAUAGUCAGACAUCACGAAAUUUAUUUCGUUUCAGUUUAAUUCACCUUCCAGUUAUAAUGCUUUUAAUGCUUGUGGGCAAAUAUGCCAAAGACAAAGACAAAAGUGAAAGCAAAUUAUGAUAAAAUGUUUAUUGUAGUUUAAUUUUUAAUUAUGGUUUUAAAAUUAAACCAGUUACUGUGAGAAACUAGUGAUCUAUGUAAAUACAUAAGUAAACUGUACAUAGAUAACUUUGUAGAUACCUAACAUAUUUACUAAGAUUAUUCAAUGACUUCCAUAUGAAAUUUUAAUGAUAACUUUUCAAUUGCAUUUAUGAUGUGCGAAAUAAAUUCCGGUAUUAUUUCUUAAUCCAUUGACAACAGAGAUUUUUGAUGCAAAAAGAUGUUAUUAUAUGACUAUCAGCUGAACAUUUUUGUGUUGGUAAGAGAUUGUAAACAAUCAGUGGAAGAUAAAAAUGUUCUACCUUUGAAUAAAAAUAUUUUUAAAUGGCC